AUGCCGAACUCGCUGAACGCCGUGUCUCGCGUCGCAGGUCGCCUGCACGCCGCGGCGCACCGCCGCACAAAGGAAGAUAUCCAUGAGGCGGUGCAGUCGAAAAAGGACGCAGUCGCAGAGAGACUUUCGACCGUGGGGAAUGACGCAACAUUCGUCGAUCUCUUCGUGCAGUUCGCGCACGCGUCGGGCCUGCCAAAGAUGGACGUCGUCGGGUCCGCCGACCCGUAUUUCGUCGCGCGGAUCGACACCAGGCUGUCCUUUGUAUCGUCCGUGAAGACGAACACGCUCGAGCCGGUGUGGAAUGAGAGCUGGACGAUCCGGAACGUGCCCGAUACCGCGAUCUUGCUCGUGGAAGUGCUGGACAGAGACAUCGGCUGCAUCAGGGAUGAUUACAUCGGCCAGUUCAGCACGGCAGUGACGUCCAGCGAGCAGGCAUUCGCGAUCGAGGACCCGAGUCAUCUGAAGAGGAAUCGCGGGACGUUCUCGCUCCAGAUCGACGCCGUACCCUCCCUGGAUCCAGACGCCGGCAGUCAUCCGUACAUGUUCGACGGCCCCAUCUGCUACUCACGCCACUCGUCCCCGACGAUCGGCAAGCUCACGAAGCUCGACAAGGCAAGGCUGUACUCGACAUGGCAGGUCUUCAUCCGAGGCGUGUCGCGCUUCCUAGACGACGAAGUCCAGCCGUGGAACAGGAACCACAGAGCAGCACGGCAGAUCUUCCAAGGCCCGACGUCCGCCGCGGUGCGCUCGAUGAUCCACAGCGGACACCGCGUGCUGUACGCGCGCACGGCGACAAACGAGUUCGGGGUGCUCAACAAUGCGCACGACGUGUACUGUCUCCUGCACGGUGGACAUGUGCGGCAGCAGCGGGAGCGGCGACGGCGCAGCGCGGACGGGCCGUUCGCACACCGCAUCAAGCCCGCAGUAUAUAACUACGUGAUCGCGGCGGACGACGACUCGCUGCGGUUCUCCGAGACGGGUGCGGCGUUCUUCGUGAACUACGCGUCCAAGCACGCGCUGCACGCGGACUGCGCGCCGAGCGUGCGCUACUCGGGCGAGUUCCACCCGCGCCCCGCGGGCGGCUGGGAGAACUUCAGCGACGACGUGCCCGACGAGGACGUGCAGUGGGAGCUCGUCGUGGACAACAAGUCGGGCACGUACUCUCCCGAUGGGAGCUUGCUCCCCGUCGUCGCGCAGCUGUUCGAGUUCAAUUUUCCUGGUUUUAAGGCUGUGCCGUUGGCUUACGACGACCCGCUGCUUGCGGAGAGCACGAAGGCGUGUCGGACCUAUGCACUGUCGAAGCGCGGUGUGAAGCACGACGAGCUGCAGCCCCACGUGCAUGACGGGGAGGGAGAGAUGCUGUCGCAGCAGACAUCGAUGUUAUCGCUUGAUGGAGAGGAGAACCUGGAGGUAGAGUUAGAAGUGCAUUCCGAGGCGUAG